UGCUGCAGUUUCACCACAGAGCACUGCCACAGCGGCAUUCUCGCUUGAGAUUACUGCCACGGCUGCAGCUUUGCCGACGUGUACUGCGACGGCUGAAGUCUCAACGGCGAGAUCUUCAACGGCUUCAUUCUCGAUGGCAGGACUUUCAAUGGCCGCACUCUCAACAGCGCCACCUUGUGAACUGGUUUGUGAAAAUGGUGGAGUUCUGAAUUUCCUCGACUGCGGGUGCAGAUGCGCCAGUGGCUACCAGGGAACCACUUGCCAAUACAAUAUUUUGAAUCCAGACUUGGUGAACGACGCGGUAAUUGCAUCCCAUGAUGACGUCAGACAACAGCUCAGUGCUGUCGACAAUACCGUCAACCUGCUGUCGGUUGAACCUGCCAACACCGACCCCACAGCCACAUCAACGAUCAUCUCCCCGCCUUUCUCCGCCAAUGAUGGUCACUGUAGUCGUCGUGGUUCUGCUUGUCAGUUUGUUCGCUUUCUGUCUCGGGUAUUUCCCAGCCUUGAUUUCAAUUCCUACCCAAGCUACAAAGGAAGCUACGAGUAUGUCCGGUCUGACCCCUACGUACGUGACUCCAACAUAAGCAAGCCCAUAAUCGACAGUGGCUACGCCCUCCCUGGAACGUAUGGGGAACUGCUAUGGCGCUCCCGAUCGAAUCUCCUCACCUUUCGAGAACCCCGUCCAAUGCCCGACAACUACUUCCUAUACUAGGCCUAUACGGAUGCCUCAUUCAAUAACCAUUAAACCACCACUUUAGAAAAUAUAAAGGGUCAUUCAAAACCGUUAUUUGUUUUGAUUUUGAAAUGGUGGAUAACAAACAAAUGAAGAUCUAAAUUCAAAUAUCAACUGCAAAAUAAUUUGAUUUUUGCGGAUGUAUCAAACAGCACAGUCUUUUCCCGAGACUGACAAACAGAGAGGGGGUUUACGUUGGGUGGACCAAAUACAUGUAGUUGGGUUGGAAAUGAAAAUUAAAAGAAAAAACCCAACACAAAACCACACGCACAGUUUGGUAAUUUCAAAUGGCCUUUUAGCAAAAAUGACCUAAUAAAAAUAACAACGUGGAAUUCGUACACUGAUCCUGAGAUUCCAAUCCAGAAAUGGAUAAAAUCUUGUUGUUUACUUAAGUUUUAAGCUAUUGGUUGUUUGGGUUCUGAUAGUAUUUUCACAGUUGAAUUUACACAUUUAUAUUAACACGGGUAUUUUUGAUAUUGGUUUACUAGGGUAGAAUGUAUAAAUUGAUUGUAUUCAAUAAACAAAAGGUAAUGAG